AUGCUUACGACAAAACCUAAAAAUCUUGAAAGCGGCACGAUUAAACCUGAAAACCUUGAAAGCGACGCGAUAAAAGCUGAAAGCGGCACGACAAAAUCUGAAAUUAUUGAAGAAAAUCCUGAAAUUACUGAAAGCGGCCUAGAAAAUUCUGCAAAUUUUGAUAGCGUCAAGGAAAUUAUUGAAAGGGGCUCCAUAAAACCUAAGGAUUUUGGAGAGCAAGCUCUUGCCUACUGGUUCGAAUUCCUCAAUAGAAUGGAAAAGAGGAGUUACAAGAUUGAUAUAACGCCAUACAUUUUCCGGUCUAUGAAAACAUUGUUUGAGAACGACAUACUUAUUGCAUAUGUGAUUUACACGACAAUGAAGAUAAUCAAGUUUGAAGAUACAACUGAACUGAUGAUGAACCUGAGAAACGCACUAUUUGAAAAGUGGUUGCAAGAGGGAAAAUACCCGAGGGAAAUCAACGCCAUGUUGAAAGCAGCAAAAAAGUCCGACAGCGAUUUGGAGCGCGAAAUAUUCGACCAAAUUGCGUCUCAAUACGACAAAUUCUAUGGCAAAGUCAAGGUAACGAUGGAGGAUCCGGGCACCAGUGAGGAAGUGAAACUCGACCUAAGCUCGUGA